AUGACCCGUACGUCCCAGAUCAGUAGAGCAGCUGUUGGCGCUGCGAGGGCCGCGAGCCGCCCCUCCUCCGGUUCCCCGGGCGGCCAGUUCGCUGCAUCAUUUAAGCAGACCCAGAGCCCCGCGGCCCAGGGUCUCGCUCCCAGGAAUACCCCUAGUCGCACAACGCCGACUCUACGCCAACCCACCCGCCAACUGUAUAAUUUCUCCACUGUAUCUCUUCCCACAGCCCACAUCUCUUCAUCCCACAACAUCCGCAACAUGACUACCGACUUCAAGCAGCAGCCUCACAAGCUCCUGGUCAUCCCUGGCCCGAUCGAGUUCUCAGAUGGCGUCCUCGGCGCCAAUGCCGCCCCCGGCAUGUCCCACGUCUCGCCGGCGUUCAUCCCCGUCUUCGGUGACUGCAUCCGCAUGCUGAGGAAGGUCCUCUACGCCCCCAAGGGCCAGCCCAUGCUCAUCGCCGGUUCCGGAACCCUCGGCUGGGACGCUGCCGCCGUUAACCUUGUUGAGCCCGGAGAGAACGUCCUCGUCCUCAACCACGGCUACUUCGCUGACUCGUUCGCCGACUGCCUGAGGGCUUACGGCGCCAACGUUGACGAGCUCAAGGCCAAGGUCGGUGGCAUCGUCGACCCCAAGGACCUCGAGCAGGCCCUUCAGAAGAAGAAGUACAAGCUUGUCACCAUCACCCAGGUCGACACCUCGACCGGUGUCCUCGCCCCCGUCAAGCAGUACUCUGAGAUCAUCCACAAGACCUCGCCCAACUCGCUCAUCGCCGUCGACGCCGUCUGCGCCGUCGCCUCUGAGGAGAUCCGCUUCGACGACUGGGGCCUUGACGUCGUCAUCUCGGCCACUCAGAAGGGUCUCGGUGUCCCCCCUGGUCUCUCCGUCUGCAUGCUCUCUGAGCGUGCCAUCAAGACCAUGGAGGCUCGCGACAGCAUUCCUUCCUACUACAUCUCGUGGAAGCGCUGGCUCCCCAUCAUGAAGGCUUACGAGGAGGGCCGCCCGAUGUACUUCGCUACUCCCCCCGUUCAGCUCAUCUACUCGCUCCGCCAGGGUCUCAAGGAGAUCCUCGAGGGUGACCUCUCCUUCGAGGACCGCCUUGCGCGCAACCGCGAGGUCUCGAACCGCGUCAAGGACGAGCUCGAGAAGCUCGGCUGCGGCUUCGUUCCCCUCUCGCGCGACAUCGCUGCCAACGGCAUGUCCGCCGUCCGCUACCCCCAGGGUGUCACUGCCGCCGAUGUCAUCCCCAAGCUCGCUGAGCGUGACAUCGUCGUUGCUGGUGGUCUCCACAAGGACAUCGCCUCGGAGUACUUCCGUGUCGGCCACAUGGGUGUCACCUCUGCUGACCCCUCGCGCGGUGACGUUGACAAGAUCAUCAACGGCGUCAAGGCUGUCCUUGACGAGGCCAAGAAGAACAAGGCCUAG